UACACGCUGGAGGCGGGGUCCAGAGCGAGGGAAUGUACAAUCCUGGCGGUGGCGGAGAAGGUUGUAGCGGCAGCAUGAAGCGAACCCCGACUCCCGAGGAACGAGAACGCGAAGCUAAGGAAUCUCAUUGUAGAGCUCCUACUGGCUUUGACCCCGCAACAUCUGAAAAGGCAAGACGCGGACAGAAACUGAGGCUUUUCGAAGAGCUUGAAGACACGUGGCUUCCUUAUCUGACCCCCAAAGACGAUGAGUUCUAUCAGCAGUGGCAGCUGAAAUACCCCAAGCUCGUCCUGCGCGAAGCCGGCAGCGUGCCCGAGGAGCUGCACAGAGAGGUGCAGGCGGCCUUCGCCACGCUGCACAAGCACGGCUGCCUGGCCCGGGACCUGGUGAGGGUCCAAGGCAAAGACCUGCUCACCCCGGUCGCGCGCCUCCUCGUCGGCAACCCGGGCUGCACCUACAAGUACCUGAACACCCGGCUCUUCACGGUGCCCUGGCCCGUGCGGGGCUCCAACAUCAGCUACCACGAGGCGGAGGUCGCCGCCGCCUGCCAGACCCUCCUCAGCCUCAACAGCUACCUGCAGCUGGAGACCGUCCAGGCGUGGGAGGAGCUGGUCGCCAAAGAGAGAGCGAACAUCGACGAGGUGCCCGUGUGCAUCGGUCCCGACUUCGGCCUGGGGAUUUUCGACGGGCCGGACGAAGCGGACAUCCGGAGCCGGUCUGCGUACAACGUGACCUUGCUGAACUUCAUGGAUCCCCAGAAAAUGCCCUACCUGAAGGAGGAGCCUUAUUUCGGCAUGGGGAAGAUGGCGGUGAGCUGGCACCACGACGAGAACCUGGUGGACAGGUCGGCGGUGGCCGUGUACAGUCACAGCUGUGAAGGCCCGGAAGAGGACAGCGAGGAGGACUCUCCCCUCGAAGGCAGAGAUCCUGACACCUGGCAUGUUGGUUUCAAGAUCUCCUGGGACAUAGAGACACCCGGUUUGGCGAUACCCCUUCACCAGGGAGACUGCUACUUUAUGCUCGAUGACCUCAAUGCCACCCACCAGCACUGCGUUUUGGCUGGCUUACCACCUCGGUUUAGUUCCACCCACCGAGUGGCAGAGUGCUCGACGGGGACCCUGGAUUACAUCUUGCAGCGCUGCCAGCUGGCUCUGCAGAAUGUCGGCGAUGUGACCGAUAGUGGGGGUGUCUCCCUGAAGUCCUUGGAGCCUGCAGUUUUGAAACAAGGAGAAGAAAUCCACAACGAGGUGGAGUUCGAGUGGCUGAGACAGUUUUGGUUCCAAGGCAGUCGACCCCGGAAGUGCACCGACUGGUGGUGCCAGCCCAUGGCUCAGCUGGAGGAGAUGUGGCGGAAGAUGGAAGGCGUGGUGAUUCAUCGAAGACUUCGCAGACCAUGGUGUUGACGGAGUGGCCUCGGCAGGGACCACAUCCGUCUCAGGUAGAUGUGGCCACUCCGCCCACGUGGUCCUCGCCGAGUGACCCUUCCCUACCCGAUCGUCCUUCAUUUGGAGUUUUACGAGGCACGUUGUCAGUAGCAUGAGCCACUUCAUUAUAGUGAGACAACGCUCUGAGCUCAAGGAUCUUAAGAAAAAUAAGAACAUUGUUUAAGGGUGGGCAGAUGUAUGUGGUGAAACUUAUUAGUUAUGUGGUCAUUCCACCAGGUCUACAUUUCAGUUUUCGUUGCCUUGAAAUGAAAAUGGUAAGAGUGAGCAGGUCAGUCUUAAAUGACAAAGUUGAGGCCGUGAUAGGCAAUGAACAGGACAUUCUAGUAGAGUAACUUUUAGAAAUGAUUUUCAUAAAUAAAAAUCAAUAUAAGAGCUUCAUGGAAUCUGACAGUUAUUUGAUGUAACCCCCUUGGCCACCCUUCACCCUGUGUGUAUAUGGUAUAUAUGUAUUUUUUACCUGGAUGUCUACCACAUAGCAGAGACUCACAUGGGUGAUUACAUGAGAAUUUGCCUUCAGUACAUUCUAUUUGGUGUGUUCGGC